UCUAAACAGCCUCCCAUAUCCUUCUUUUCCAGAAUGAGGCAAUACAGAGCGCAGGCGGUGCUGGCUGUGGUGCUGGCGGUGGCGUGGUCGGCGUCGGGAAAGCCUCUGCCCGUGUCGGAGCCGGAGGAGAACGCCCUCAACGAAGUGUCGGAGGACAGCCUGCUGGUGCUGGUGCCGACGCUGCCGCUGGACGACCACGAGCGGUCGGGACAGGACCUCAAGAGGGAGGUGGAGUAUGAGGUCAUUUCCAUCCCCGGGGACCUGCUCAGGAGGGAAAUCCGCCAGGUGGCGCAGCAGUACGGGCCGCCCAGCUUAUCAUUUGGAGACAACAACAACAACAACAAUGGCGGCGGCUUCGUGGUGCAGGCGGACACCAUCCAGGAUUUCGGGGAGGUGAUCAACCCAGCUCCCACCAACUCCUACGACACUCCUUCCAGCUCCCAGUCCACCUCAGGAUUCACCUUCUCCGGCCCACCAAGCAGCCCGUCACCGACUCUCCCUCCGAAGCAGCCCGUCACCCUCCCACCCUGCCCCGAAGCCGGCCUUCACCCUGCCCACCCUGCCCCCGAAGCCGAACCUGAGCGCCUUGCUGGGCGGGGCCACGAGUUCCGCAGGACAGACCCUGGCCAGCGUGUCCAGCGGCGGCGCCCAGGCCGUGAGGUGGCUGGUGAACACCAAGUCGAACGGCAUCCAGACCGCGACCAGGGUAGCCAGCGACGGCCUGCAGUACGCGGGCCAGCUUAGUGCCGCCGUCCUGCGCGUCCUCCUGCAGGUGCCCGCCAUCAAGGCGCGCGUGCUCUCGGAGAUCAUCGAGGCGUCGCAGCCCCUCGUGUACGCCGUGAGCGACGUCCUCUCGGAGUCCGCCGACGACAUGGGCGACAUCCUCCAGGCCAAGACCGCCAUCGUCAGUGACACCAUGAACAUCAUCAUCAAACUCAUCCAAGA